AUGUUUAGAAAGAAAUCCUUGCCAUUGGUUCAGUAUAGCCAACGCUCCGCAACUUUUCAAUCAGCCAUGAAACUGUCUAUUGCGAUUGGGCAAUUUUUUGGACUCAAUCCGGUUAUUGGUGUUUUCAAUAUCGAUGCAUCUAAAAUGCGGUUUACAUUUUAUUCAGCACGGUGUUUAUACACAAUCUUAUCGAUUUUGGUGCAAGGCACAAUAUUAUGUUUUUGCAUAUUAAAAUAUAUAAAGGACACUGAAACAUCACUCUCGUCCAACACUUCUCUAGUAUUCUACAGUUCUAAUUUUAUUACAAUGGUACUGUUUCUUCGGAUGGCUAUGAAAUGGCCGCGAUUUUGCUUACAAAUAUCUAUGACGGAAGCUUUAAGUCCUAACUUCGAUACUACACUGGUUAAGAAAUGUAAUUUGACCUGCGUACUCGUCCUUACUUUAGCCCUUGUUGAACAUAUUCUAUCAGAUCUAUCGGGAUAUGCGGCAUUGAUUGAUUGUCAACCACAUAAAAAUGCUUACGAAGCUUUCAUAACUCAUAGCUAUCCUUGGGGUUACGCGUUUUUGUCCUAUAACCAUUUUGUAGGAUUUCUAUCACAGCUUGUCAAUAUACAGUCCACAUUCACUUGGAGUUUUGUGGAUGUAUUUAUUAUCUGCAUUAGCUUUUACUUGAUCUCAAGACUAGAACAAGUCAACCUAAAAAUUGUUGCAGCUCGCGGUAAAACUAUGUCGUCGUACUUUUGGCGUACGAUCCGUGAAGAUUACUGUAGAGCUGCGUCUCUUGUGAGGCGUAUUGACGAUGUUAUUGGAGCUAUAAUAUUUAUCUCUUUCGCAAACAAUCUCUUUUUUAUCUGCCUCCAACUAUAUAACUUGUUGAAAGAUGGCAUCAAUGCUACAAAUUUAUGUAGUGACCAAGACGUAAGGCCCCUGCAUGGCUACGAGCAAGCCACAUACUUUAUGUAUUCCUUUAUAUUCCUUGUAAUGCGAUCGUUAGCGGUUUCGUUGAUAGCGGCCCGUGUGUAUGCAUCUAGUCGCAAGCCAGCUAUCUCUUUGUACGAGGUGUCAUCGACUGCAUACUGUACUGAGAUUCAGAGGUUUUUAGACCAAAUCCACGGAGACACAGUUGCAUUAAGUGGGCUUCAAUUUUUUAAUAUCAAAAAAGGACUAGUGCUCUCUGUUGUUGGGACUAUAAUAACAUAUGAAUUGGUACUUCUACAAUUUAAUUUAGAAACCGCAGAAGAUGCUGACUUAAAUUAUAAUGGGACUUUGUACAAAUAUAUAAAAAUGACGGUUUAA